UGGCCGAUAACACAAAGGGUGCCCAUCAGUUUUCAUUUGUAGUUGAAUAUUUCUCGUUAAAAAGCAAGAAAAAAUGGCCAGGCACACGAUGAUGUUUAUCGCCACAGUGCUGGGAUUGUUCUUCAUCUACAGCGGCUUUGCAAAACUGAAUCCGAUGUUAAACGCCGACCUGCAUUCGAACAUGAAAAAGCAUUUUGUCAACUAUGCCCGGGUAGCGCCGCUCCGUACAUACUUUGACAAGCGUUUCAAAGCCUCGGACUAUCGGCAGUUUGUAGGCGGGAUGGAGAUCGCUGGAGGGACGGGGAUGGUGUUGUUGUCGGGGCGACUGUCUCUACCAGCUUCGCAGCUCAUUGUUCUCCUGUCAGCAGCUUUCAUGAUCCACACCCAUAUCGUCCUCGGGGACCCGGUCGCUCGGGCCGCAACGCUGAUCGCGACAUCCCUUAUGGUCGUGGUCCAGAUGCUUUUCACCAUCUUCUCCGGGAAGAGCAAAUCUCCAGACGAUGCCGGGAAGAAAAAGAGAAGAAGUUCGGACGCCUCCGACGAAAAAGAGACCAAAAAAGACAUCCCUGCGCCAAAAAAUGAGAAAGUUAUCAAGGACGGAAGCCCGCGAGAAAAAUCUAAAGCCAAGAAACAGACUCCUAAGAAGAAGAAAACCAAAGCUAAUUGAUUGGGGAAUAUGCAGUGGUCUUAAUAGAUGUUACGUCCCAAAUAUUGUCCCAACUAAAGUUGGGAUGAUCCCAACUACAGUAAGGAUCAUCCCAACUAUAGUUAAGAACUCCCCAACUAUUGUUGGACUGUCCCAACAAUAGUUGGCACUGUCCCAACCAUAUUUGCGACUGUUGUCCUAGUUGGAUCGUAACAUGUAUGUUGAUCAUUAGCAAUAGGACCGAUUUAAAACGGCGGGCUCAGCACGCAAAAAAAAGAUGAACAACUCAGACAAAAUGCAUUUAGACAACUACAGAGUACUAGUUCUAGUAUCACUUAAAUUUAUGCCAUUGUGUUGGUAUUCUGCUUCAUGUGUCUUUAAUUCUGUUCUGUUCUACCUGCAGUAACGCUCCUAGUCUUUUGCACUUCAAAACCCAUUAAGUUUUGCCUAUAAACACUUUUGCCCAUAGAUUUAGCACCCACGCUUCAAAGUCCUUCAAAAUAUUUCAGUUUAAUAUCAUUUUUCUUUCAAGCUGUGAUUUUAAUUUUUAGAUAUUUAAACUAAAUUCAUGCAAAGGAAACUAGGUUUUUGCAAUGAAUCGGUAAAAAAUUCCUUUUUGAAUCUAAUCUGGACAGAUGAUUUUUAUUGAGAUUUUUUUAUUUCCACAAAACACAUAGCAGUUUGUCUGUGAUAUCUGUGAAGACAAUGGCAUAAUUUUCAUUUGAAUGCUUUAUCAGGUAUCAAGUACAGUUUUUUAACUGGUUUAUGUACAAUAUACUGAUUAGUAGUGCUGUGUUGUACAGUGUUUCGUUGCCAUUCCAUUUAAAUGUUUAAAACAUUGGUGAAUUGUGAGUUUCAACAUUUAGAAAAUGAAACAUACAUGUACACAGCUAGAGCAGCUCUACUAUGCACUUUUUAGCCUUUGACUUUCACAUUUCCUUAUUUUGUAUCUCUUAAAUCUGCCUGUUCUUCUUACGAGUGCCAUUUCUGGGAUCUUGCCAACUCAAAAGUUUGCAUUGUGUUGGAGAUUAUGGACAUGUUACACCCAACUACUGCUGUCGCCCAACUAUAGUUGGGACAGCCCCAACUAGAGUUAGGCCAGGCCCCAACCAGUCCACAUUAUAGUUGGGGCAAUCCCAACUGCAAUUGGGACGGUGCUUUACUUGGGAUGUAACAGACAUGUGCGUACAUACAGGUAUGAGAAUUGAUGUUUUCCAAUAAUUUAUUGUAAUACAGGUAUUCAUGUUUCUGAAAUUUCUGAAAAUCUUGCUGCCAGACUUUGAAAUGUAUAUACUUGUGAAGUGUAUUUGUAAAUGGUACGUGAUUGUGUUAAAAAGUUGAUUUUAGGAAAUCAGUAAAUGUUUAAUGACUGUUGUGUUACAAUUUUCAAUGAAUAAUUUUAAGACAUUGUGGCCUGAGAUAAGUAUUAGAAAAAAAGGAUGUACAUUGUUUUAAAUUUUGAGAGUAGUAAGAUGACCAUUUUACAUUUACAUGUAUAUAUAUGCACUAAUAUGUCAAAGAACCGUAACAGGUGUUCAUUUUUUACCUUUUUUUCCCCUCAAAAUAAACCACAAAGGAACUGAACAGAUGCAUGCACGUAGCCAGUUUUCCAUUUGUGGUUUAUAUCCUCUAAAAACUCAGUGAUUUUGCGUGAUCCCUACUGCAUGGCAUAAACAGGUUAAUGGCUUCUGAAUAUAUAGUGCCGUUGAGCAAAGCGAUCGACAAUAAAUUAGGGAUAGGCAACGUAAAGGCGUAAAAGCUCAGUUUGUAGAGCAUCAAUACGGUUUUCCGAAGGCCGCAGGUUCAAACCCCGCUCCGGUCAAGUUUUUUCGUUCACCUUUGAAAGUAUCAUAACCAGGUAGAGUUUGUUUUAUCGUUCUGUGCCUUUGUACUCCGGUUUCAUUUUCAGAUAUCGCCUAUGUACGUGUACUUUUCUUUUAUAGCAUAGCAUGGGCAGAGUAAAAAAUUGUCCUCAUUGGGUAUUAUUGAGUGAUAUGUGUUAUCUCUGGUUGGCAAAUCUAUUCCGAUCGAGGCUGUAUGCAUUGUACAUGUAUGUCUUUUACGGAAGAAGGGGAAACAUAGGGCUGGGGUGAAGCUUUGAAGAAUGCGGUCCACUUCAUCGUUUUCAGACACUGGAGUGGAUGCGAUGAUUAUUUAAAACUUAGGAAUGUGUAGUUUUAAAUAAUCGUCGCAUUCACUCCCGUGUCUGAAAACGAUGUAGUGGAAAGCAUUCUUCAAAGUUUCAUUUCCCCCUUAAAUUGAUUGUCCCUUAGAAAUUGGUAAACCCCCUCCCCGAGUGGGUAUGUAGGGGGAGGGGGGGGGGCGAAUUUGUCGCUACAGAGACGGUACGGAACCAUUUUUCCUGUAUGAAAUAAAUAAAAAGAACUCGAUACGGGAGAAACUGUAGAUUCUAUAAGAAUUCUAUUAAAGUGAUUACCAUGCCAAUUUUUAUUUUAAAUUGUUAUUAAGUUUUACUGGUUUUCACUAUGCAACCAUCCCUGAUAUAUAUCUCACCAUGUUUUCUCAGAUUAUGCAAGAUGACUGUGGAGCAAUAAACCCAACUUCGGUGUAAAGGUCAA